AUGACCUCUUCAAGUUCGGCCCCCGGCCCGGCUGAAUCCAUUCUGGCUACCCUCAACCCUGCACAAUGCAGAGCCGUCACGUCAAAGGCGGCUACGGUUGCCAUCCUCGCCGGGCCUGGCAGCGGAAAAACACAUACGCUGAGUUCUCGAGUUGUAUGGCUGGUUGAUAACGUUGGGCUCGCGCCAAAAGACAUCAUCGUCGCCACAUUCACCGUCAAGGCCGCGAGGGAGAUGAAGGAGCGCAUCGGCAAAGCCCUAGGAGAUGACCAGGGGAAGAGAGUUAUUCUCGGCACAUUUCACAGCAUAGCUCGUCGGUAUCUGGCUGCUUACGGCAAGAAAAUCGGACUUGACGAGAAGUUCGGAAUCGCAGACGACUCAGACUCCAGGUCUAUCAUCCAGAGGAUAUGCAAACGCUUGCAGCUAGCCGUGGACCCCCCAGUGGCAAGAUCAUGGAUCAGCAAGAAAAAGGCCAAGGGCAACGCUCAGCCUACACCAAAACCUAACGGUAAAGAGUUGCCCGAGAGCCGCGAUUUGCAGACCUGUUAUCAGGAGUAUCAGAGCCAUCUCGAACGAUCGAAUUUGCUCGAUUACGAUGAUUUGUUAACGCGAUGUGUUGAGCUGAUGCGCGUGCAUCCUUCUUGUGUGGCCAAUGUCCAAGCCGUGCUUAUCGACGAGUAUCAAGACACGAACGGCAUUCAGUACGAGCUCAUGAAGCUGUUCGCACAGGCACGGGAGCGCAUCACCAUUGUGGGGGACCCAGACCAAAGCAUUUAUGGAUGGAGAUCGGCCGAGAUUAAAAACCUGUAUCGUUUUCUCAGGGACUACCCCGACACCGAUGAGAUUUCUCUCGAAGAAAACUAUCGUUCCUCGCAAGCUAUUUUGGAUGUGUCAUUGAAGGUCAUUCAGCAGGACAAGCGACGUUACCAAAAAGUGCUGUUACCCAUUCACAACAAAGGCACAAGGCCGGUUCUUCGUCGACUGAAAUCUUCCGCGGCCGAGGCUGAAUGGAUGGUUUCCGAGGUCAAAAGAGUGCUGCUUAUGGCGGGCAGGAUGCUGAACCAUGAUGAUGUGGCAAUUCUCCUGCGAUCGGCCUCCCUUUCCAGGCACAUUGAAUCGGCCCUCGGCAAGGCAGGUAUUGCAUACCGAAUGGUUGGCGGAUUCAAGUUUUACGACCGCGCUGAGGUCAAGGUGAUUCUUGAUUAUCUGCGUGUCAUUUAUCAACCAGACAACAACGACGCAGUAGCACGCAUCAUUAACGUCCCUCGCCGGGGUAUUGGAGAGACCACCAUCAAGGCUCUUCUGGAAGAGUCAGAAAUUAGCAAGCAGAGCCUCUGGGCCCUGCUUAACAAACACUGCCGGGGAGACAGAAUCGCCAAAACUAACAUCAAAAAAGCCAUGGAACAGAAAAUUAGCGGAGAACUACUUAGGCUGGUCUCUGGCAUCAGGAGAAAGAUGGAAGAGCCGCCCACCGGGAGCCCCUAUUACCACCUGGUGGAACUGAUUGAAAAUCUCCUUUCGCAGCUGGGUUUUCAAAAAUACCUCCAAGAUAACUACCCGGAAGAUCAUGAGGCGAGGUGGGCCAAUGUCCAAGAAUUCAUCAACUUGGCAGGAGACUUCAUGAAAGACCUGAACGCGACAGCGGAUGAGGAUCGCCUUCCAGAAAUAGAUGGGGUUCCGCAAAUGCAGGAGAAUGACGCUCUUGGUCGGUUUCUAGCAAAUGUUUCGCUGGCAUCGGAUGCGCAAAAGGGUGAUACCAAGGAUAAGCCUCUGGUAACAAUAUCAACAAUCCAUGCUGCCAAAGGACUCGAAUGGCCGGUUGUUUUUGUCCCCGCCGUGUAUAACGGGUCCAUUCCUCACAUGAGAUCCGAGGACCAUGAUGAAGAACGCCGGUUGUUGUAUGUUGCCAUGACGAGGGCGAAAUCUCUUCUCUACCUCAGCUGUCCGAUGUACAGCUCGCAGAAUGGAGGUAACGGAGGCGAGCGUACCGAAGUGUCGCCAUUCAUUCCGUCGGAAAUUCACCCAUAUUUUAGAAAACGUGGCCCUUCUUUCGAACCUGGAAUCUUGCAAGAGAUUGGUCGGAUACUCGGACGAGAAUCUAGCAUUCCGACGCAGAACAAGGUCUACAGUGAAUUGCCGCUCAUGGAAAGACCUGAAGACAAUCUGUACCCUGAAGAUCCAGAAGAUUCUUUCGGAGAAGGUGAGAAUGGCAAGGGUCGGCAAUUGCAACGGCGUUCUAAGCCGCAUAUGGUGUCAGCUUCGGAGGAUGACUCCCAAACGGCAACAUCAUGGCAUUCAUCCACGACCAUGGAUGCUGCGUCGUCAUUCACGAUGUCUUCUUUGCCUGGUUUCACCACCGCUACUGCAGCUCAGUCAGCGAUAUUGGCAGCUGCAAAAGAAAUGGCAGCGUCGGCCCAAGGCCAGGAGCGCAAUGCCGCCCCUCAAAAGUCUGCAGGUCCUAGAAGAGGGACCACCAAGCGGCCUGCCGAUCAGCAGAGCCUCUUGGGGUUCGUCAAAAGGUCAAAAUCUGAACUAUCAGAUAUUAGCAGCAUGCCAGCUCCUUCCCGGCAGGCUCUUCAGGAGCUUCCCGAGUUGCCAAACCUGCACCAUGCCCAACGACCGGUCACAGCCAUUGAACCUGGUCUUGCCGGUCACAGGUUAGGCGCUAGCAGAAUGCCUGUCAAGCCGUUUAAAUCGACUUUCGGUGGCGAUGCAGGACCCAAGAAGCACUACACCAAUUUCUCAAGUUCUCCACCGAAGCCAAUAUCUCCUGAAAAGGAAAACGAGGACAAAGACCAGCCGCCACCUAUUCGGGAACGACCGGCGAGCUGUUUGCAUGCAACAACUACAACAAAUGGAUUCAGGGGGUUCACGAGACCAGCGGCGUUAAAGAAGGAGGGAGGGAUUGCACCUAUAGAUCGGUUGAGAAAGCCAUUUAAACCGCUUACGAUUAAGAGAUCAUGA